AUAAGAUAUAAUGACAUAGUUCGCGACUUUGAAUCAAUAUCACACUUAAUCGAAAUUAGAACUAAAAGGUCGGCCUGGUUUGGUGGAGUCGGUACUUUGUCCAAACAUCUGUUCGGUACAAUGGACGAAAACGAUGCCAUACGUUAUAGUAAUGCCAUUCAAGUUAUAGAAAAAGACCAAACUAAAUUAUCUAAAUUAAUCAAACAAAAUAUUUUGGUAACUACAUCAACCAUCUCUUCUUUUAAAGAUACUUUAAAUAAAAUCAAUAUCAAUGAACAACAGCUAAACAGUGCAAUUGAUACUCUAAUGCAUGCACAACAAAACUCCACAUUACUUUCCGACAAUCUACUUCAAAGGUCAAAACUUAACGAAAUAUUGAACGUUCUAGAGAGCAGUUUGUUAACACUAUCGUUUAAAUUACAAGAUAUUAUUAACGCAAUUAUGUUCAGCAAGUCAAAUAUUUUAUAUCCGUCUAUAAUAACCCCGAAACAAUUGUUUUCAGAGCUUGUAGACAAUUAUAGAUUUUUGGCUGAUUAUCACCAAUUCCCCAUAAGUUUGUCAUUAGAUAAUAUUUAUACACUAAUGAAUGUAUCUGAAAUCGCUACCUAUUAUAAUAACAAUAAAAUUGUAUUUGUUCUAAAAGUACCACUUGUCGAUUCAAAAGAUUAUCACUUAUACCAUAGUAUUCCAUAUCCAGUCAUUAUUUCUAACAAAACAUACGCAACUAUCAUUCCAUCAACUAAAUAUAUCGCCAUCACUAGAAAUAGAAAUCAUUAUUGUAAGUUGAAUAGUUUAAUUAGUUGUAAGGUAAUAUAUAAUUUAAACUACAUUUGUGAAAACAUAGAUGCCUAUUCCAGUUCUAGAUCCCCGAUCUGCGAAUCGGAAAUUAUUUCUAAAGCCUUAAACUCUGUACCUAAUGUUUGUAAAACUAAUUUUCUUGGAGGUCAUUUAGAUAUUUUGCAACCACUGUCCAAUAAUAGGUGGGUCUUUGUAAUUACAGAACCUUAUAAACUCUCCAUAGAUUGUCAAGACCAACCCAGUACAGAGAUAAUAAUAGUAGGUACAGGCAUCAUUAACCUUCCCAUACAUUGUGUAGCAUUUUAUAAAGAUUCAAGGUUAAUACCAAAAUAUUCAAAGAUAAUAAAAUUUCAACCAAUUAUUGUAAAUUUCAACCUUUUAAACGACUCUUGCUGUAAUUCUGUAACUCUAUACAAAACUAAAUUGCCUUUAUUAAAU